AUGUCGUCUUGCGUCAUCCUCGGGAUGCCUGUAACCUGGUUCGUAACUUCGUGGAUGCGAGAUAACAAGCACGAAGGAGAGGAAAGGAGAGAGGAAAACAUCAUCUAUAGAGGUUCCAGGGGCGUGGGACGAAGGGUGCAGAGCAAAGAGGUUGGAAGCGCCGAGGGAUGGACUCCAUCUACCUUCUCCUCCUCGCGGGACAAACGGGCUGCGCCCAAAGAGCAGAGACCCGAAGACUUUAUGGAUGACGAGGACGGCCUCCUCACCGAACAACUGCAGGCCAAGCCGGCGUUUGAUACGCUUGGUUCCACAGCCGAUGAGGUCGCAAGAAAGCACGCGGAGAUGGAGGCAACUGGGGGCGCCAUUCCUGGACCCGCGCCCUCAGAGCUCAUUAUACCGGUGGGCGACCCAAUGGGGAAGAAGCUACUGAGGACCAUGGGGUGGAGAGAGGGGCAAGGAGUUGGAAAUCGGGUCAGGAGGAAGCGGCGACGGCCUGCACCAGCCGAAGCGGACGACUCGCCCGAGGAUGAGUUACCCGAACAGGCGCGCGCAGGGCUCGGGGGAAAAGGUCGAGAGCUACUUGACAAGGAAGGCUUGACGUUUGCUCCCACAAACGCUGACGUCAAGAUGCAGAGUGUUCUUGCGAAGACCAACCUCCACGGGGUAGGGCACGAACCUUUCAAAGACGCCCCCGAAUUUGGAGCAGCCAGAGCCGGAGCCACGGGUGUGCGGAGUGUUUAUAGCACUGAAGACAUCGUGCAGCACCCCAUGGAUGCUGGUGCUGCGGGAGGGAUAGUGGCCGGGGUUUCGCGGCGGUCAUUGGCGGCCGCAGUCGUAGAUAGAGGAAGUCAUGGUUUCGUUUUGGAUGAUGAUGAAGACGACGUAUAUGAGUCGGGCCUUGACAAAGAAGCAUACGACCAGGCCCUAGAUGCAGACGGAGGCAGAGCAGCUGCCCAUGCCGGUUUGUCUGGAAGUGCAAAGGCGUGGGCGUUGAGCGGGGCGGCAGAUGACGAUGAGGACGAGCCUCUGCUGGCCUCCCGAAGAUACGCAAGAUGUCCUUCGGACGGCCGUCUGCCGCCGACGGGCUUCGUGGUAGCCCAGCGACCGGACGUCCAGCAGAAGCACUGGGCACCGCCAAUCCCGCCGGCGAACUUCCGCCCGACGGUCGAGUUUGAGGAUGACGCUAAAACCCCUUUGGAGCUGUCCACAAGUCAGAGGUACGGCGGCGCUCAUCUGGACGCAUCUGGGCGUGCACGAUUAUUGGGCGAGCCAUCUGCCCAGUCGUUGACUAGCACGCCUGUCGCUCCACCCACCGUCCUUGACAAAGGAAAGGCAUACCUCCCGGACGGUUCAUCCGCGCUCUCUUUCUUGUCUCCAGCAGCACGCAAAAAGGUCCUUGAGGCUGCGAACGCAACCAAGGCACCCUCCCGUUUUUCGCCCGAUACUGGAGCGGCUGCUUCAAAGCAUCAGCGAACUCUUGGAUCUAUGAGCCAGGAUAAUUCGAGCCAACAGUCUGAAGGCCUGCCAUUCACCUUGGCAACCAAGUUCACGUCAGAGACACAAGCGGCUUCCAACUCUGAUGAGCCUCAAGACCAAGUUGCGGGGAUAGUGGACCCAACAAGUCGUCCCGCAGGUCUUACCUUGCGCAGGCCAGCCUCAACUGAUACUUUGAACAAGGCGUCUACGGCAACGGUCUCAGUGGACAAGAGCGGCAGAACCGAGAUCCCUUUGCUGAAGGGCUUGGAGCAACGGCAUCCUAUCGGCAUCAUGUCUGCCUCUGCAUCAUCUGGGAUUGGUAGUGUUGUGGUCACGGACAAUGGUCCUGCGGAGAGGCCGCCCAUUGACCUCUUCAAGAGUAUUUUCGAGUCUGAAUCUGAGAGCGACUCGGCGGAAGAAGAGGAGAGUGAACAAGAGUCAACCUUGGCAGCUGCUGGCGAACCAAGCAUUAGUUCUCCAAGACCACGAGCGGAGAGUCAGCGAGCUCCUCAUGGCUUGUUCGGCAAGGCUCCGGUAGACCGAGGGUACGGAACCGAUUCUAGCGAAGAAAGCCCCGGGCAGGUUGAAGGCGGACAUCAAGUCGUCGACGAAGCAGGGGGUGCUGGCGGCGAAGGGCCGAAUGUGCGAGGCGAAAAGACGAAGUCAGCUCGUGACGAUGACAAGCGCAGAAGAAGAGUGAGCAGCAGCAGGAACCACAGCAGCAGGAAGCACGGCAGCAGUAAAAAACACAAGAAGAAGCACCGGUCGGAAAAGAGGGAUCGAAAGCACGACCACAAACGAAAGAAAAGUAGCUCCUCUAAGAGGUACUUUUCGAGUUAGCUUUCAGGAUGGUGACGGUACUAUACAUGUUGCCAGCCUGUGUUGACCUAGCAACGUGCCCCCGUUGGGCUCAACUUGAAAGUAUUCAUGAUGUCAACGGAAAGUCUUUCAUUUCGACGCGGUUUGACAAGGCCCGACGAGCUUGCGCCUUAUGAGAUUUUCGCUCAAACCGCACUUGUCCGGUGUGUAUUGUAUUCUUGACGCCCACGUUGCCUCGCGCUUGAGCUUGUCUUGGGAUUUUGCGCCUGUUACAUAUGUCUCCCUCUCCGCGGGGUU